AUAAUAAUUAACUGUAACCCACAAACUGCUUGAUCUAGCUCGCUUGGCUGGGCAGUUCUUGUAUUUUUCUAUAUAAAAAGGGCAAAUUUCUGCCAGCAGAUUCUUAAACAACCAGGUUCUUACAUGCAGGUUUCUACUGAAGCCGACAUUUUGCUAUUGUAGUAUUGUCUCCUUUAUACAAUGUAUGAGUACUUGUAAAGAGAAACUUGGAGGGUAUUAGGGUAAUAGAUGUAUGUAUUAGGCAAUGUACAUGUUGUAGUUAAUUUUUUAUCUCAGGUAAUUUUUAUUUUUCCCUUGUUUCAACUUCAUUAGCGUACAUUGCCCCAAAACAAAAGAAAAACAAAAAUUACCCGAGAUAACAAAAUAACUACAACAUUUACCUAAAUUGAUUUAAUUACAAUGCAAUAAUAACAAAUAUACAGAUUUAGCCAGGGCUAAAAGCGAAGCUCUCGAUAAUAUUUACAGUUUGUUCAAACAAAAUAUAAAAUCGUGUAAUGCUAAGCGGCGAAGGCAACGCCGGAGAACGGUAAUAACAACAAUAGGUCUAAUUAGCAAAAAAGCAACUUUACACGUGCAGCACACUUUUUUUGUACAUUUCUUUGCCGUUGUUUUGCACGACUAUAACCUAAAACUUCCAGAAACUUCUUAGUUACACGUUUUUGGGAGAAAAUGUCAUACGUGUUCUAGUUCACGGUUUUUUUCAGUGCCGUCCAUUUUCACCUUGCAUUGGUGGCCACUAGCAUUUCUCAUUUUGUCACCGCCGCUACAAAAUUUCCAUGUCGUUCUUCCAACAAAAAAAUGUCUCCUUUGUUUUUUUUAUCUCUCGCUCUAGAUCUCUGUCGCCCGGUUUUCUCGUUGAGCUUCGCUGGCCUGCCGCCUCCUUUCUUUUUUUCUUUGUCUUUGUCUUUCUCUAUAUUCCAAAUUUGUGUGCAUGACAAUUGAUCUAAGCUUAAUACUUUGGUCAACAUGGAUACAGAAACAAUUUCCGCUUUCCGUUUUCGUCUUUAUUGACUCUUUAGGUUUCUCAGCUUUACAAGACGCGGGUGGCUAUGCGAUUUCCCGCCAAAAUAACCUCGAGUUGCAGUUGGGUUGCCAUUUAGGUUGCCAUACCCGUUGAUUGAGUUAUUUUACAUUGGUUUGCCUGUGGUGCAGGCGGACGGACGGUCGGUGUACGGUCACUUGAUUACCAAAUUUUUUGGGAUGGGUAGAUUUUACUUAACCAUGGUGCUCCGCCAUGAAAUAAAAUGAUAUUUCUCUGUGACUGCCCUUCAAUCGGUUUUAGAUUAUAAUUUUUGGACUUAGUAGAGUAGCUUUGCUUAAUUCCCUGAAUCACAUGAAUUGACCUUAAUAUUUUCAAGAACUUUGUCUUCUUUGUUUUAAGCUUUUUCCAUAUAAUUUCAUGCGCCAUGAAGUACAAGCAUUUGUUGUUAACUGCACAUUUAUGGAUGUAGGAUGCCAGUGGAAAGGGGAGGUCAGACAUUUGGAGGUAAAAUAUGGUUAAAUAGAUAAGUACUGAAUAUUUUGAGGAUAUCCCAAAGCAGAAGCAUCAAUGCUGUGGUACAUGUCCUGCACAUAGAAGAGAAACCAGCGGACAAAAUCAAUUUUUAGUUUUAUGUACUAUGUGGUCCUUCAAUUAAUGAUCUCUUUAUACUGUUUGCAACAGGCCCACACCAACAGCUGUGAGUUUGUCAAACUUCCCUGUGUACAUCCUGAGUGUGACAUGUUGGUGAGAAAAGCUGAUCUUCCUCAGCACCUGGAAACAGAAUGCAAGUGUAGACCUGAAACUUGUGGAUUCUGUAAGAAACAAAUCAGCCUGAACAAGUUAAAGGUUUGAGGCCUUGUGCUCUUCGUUGUAAAGAAAAGUAUGCUAUCGUUGACGUGCUGUAUGAUUUUAAGUAUGCAAAAGUGCACUCCUUUUGGGUUAACCGUGAUUUGCCAAGGUUUCUUACAUACAUACAUACAUAACCUUUAUUAAAGUGUCUUGUCGUUCUAGUGCCUAUUGGCACUAAUUGGGGACACCUUUAAAACUAAAUUACAUCAUUAAUAGAAACUAAUUAAGUACUAUAAAGGCCGGAAAUUGACACUAUUCAAGCUAAGUGCUCUUUUACACUCUAAAAACUAAGUUCUAGAUUUAACACUUCGAAGCUAAGUUCGAAAAUUUACAAUAUAAAAACUAAAUGCGUAUAUUAGCUCGGACACUAAAAUGAAUAAGUAAAUAUGCGUACGUCCUCUUAAUCUAAGCAUAAGCGGCAUUCAGUCCCACAUCCCUCAAGAAAUGAUGUUACAUCCUUCUUACGUAUCAUUGUCCUAAAAGUUGCCAAAGUUGCAAUAUUUCUCUCCUCCUUGCUUAGUUUAGACCAUAAUUGUGGUCCGAGAAAUCUGAGAGAAUGUUUUCCAUAAGUAACAGUUUUAAACCGAGGUAAGACAAAAUCUGCAUUUCUUAGGUUAUAUCUCUUACUAUUAAUAUUCUCCUCGUUGAUAUUAAAAAUAUCCGCAAUUUGGUUCACUGUUAAUUUGUUUUUUACUUUAAACAUCAAAAUGAGUAUAUCCUGCAACCUCCUAUUUUGUAAAAUAGUCAACUUAGCUCUUUUCAGCAAGGUGUCAUAACUUUCGGUAGUAGUAUUAUACACUAAUCUUAAGGCUCUUUCUUGUAGACGCUCCAAUUUACGACUAUCAGAUGCCGUGCAAAAAUGCCACACUAGGUGGCAAUAAGUAAGGUGUGGCAUAAUAGCUGAUUUGUACAAAAGUAACUUGGCAUUUACUGGCAUAAGAUUUUUAAGCCUUCUUAAUAUUCCGAUCAUCCCGCCAACUUUCUUACACACACUACGUAUAUGAUCUCUAAAGUUUAGGUUUUCAUCUAGGUUUACACCUAGGAUCUUGAUGGAUUGUGACUGUUCGACUUUUUCGCCACAUAUAUCCAGAUCAACGUUCCUUUCUCCUUUUGGAUUUCCCAAAACCAUGGCUUGAUAUUUAUCGCAAUUGACUUUUAAAAGAUUAUCUUGAUACCUUCUUAUGUACCGGUAUCCAUUCUCCGCGCUUAAGCUCUGCUAUCCAUUCUCCAUUUCUAAUCGAUUGGUUAAAAAUCACAGUAAGAGAUGGAGCUAACUCAGUGGCGCCUACUUUAAGGAUCUUAGGGUCCAUCCCGUCAUAUCCCCUUGACUUAUUGGGGUUUAGGUCGUUCAUGACUUUUCGUAAUUCUUCACAGGUAAUUUCGUUAAAUUCAAAGUGGUUUACUUGUAGAUCUCUCUUAUUGAGAUAAGUCGAUAUAUUGAGAAGAGAGUUGUGAUUCAUGAAAUCACUUUCCGCACAGUCAUUUACGUGGUCCCCUCCAAUUCCAUCAGCCAUUGUAGAGAAAAAAUUAGCAAAGUGGUUAGCUACUUUGGUUUGAUCCCCUUCCAACACAUCAUUAACUUUCAAGCAGAUAUUACCGCUGCUUCCCUGUUUGUUCUUGAAAUCAGUGAAUGGUCUAAACGUUCUGUAGAACUUUCUUGGAUCAGACUUGACAUUAUCUGAUACUUUUUUCCAAUACUGCCAGAUUGCUUUUCUUCUUUCCUUGGUGGCCUCAUUGCGCCACUUCCUCUUCAAUUCAAAAUUCUCUGGUGUGGGAUGUUUACUGAAUUUUUUUGAGAAGCGUCUUUUAGCUUUAAUUGCAUUUUUCCACUCUCUCGUCAUGUAUGGUACAUUAUGUGCCCUCACUUUCAUGUCCCUGGUAGGUACAUGAUCAUCAACGAUCUUAUUUAGUAAUGCCUCCCAAUACUCGUACUGUUCAUCAACGGAUUCGAAACUCUCACCCACCUGCCAAGGGGCCAUUUUCAGAUCUUCUUUGAACUUCUCUUCAUUAAAGUUCCUAUAGCUACGCACCCUCAGAAUUCUGGUCUUGUGUUGCACUGCUCUCUCCUUGAGCGACGCAUAGACCAUAUGAUGAUCACUAAUCUCUGGGUUGUACACACCUCUUUCUCGAAAAAACUCUGGUUGGUUUGUUAGAAUAACAUCUAGCAGAGUGGAACUAUUCUCUGUGAUCCUCGUAGGUUCUUUGAUCAAACAUUCCUGGCCAUACACUUCCUCAAGAUCACACAAAAUUUUUCCUUCCUUUUCUCCUGGUCUGAGCUUAUUGAGAUUCAAAUCUCCCAUAAUAAUAAAGAACUGUCUCUGAAGGGAUAUCCAAGAGCAGAUUUCAUGUAAUUCCUUUUCCAGAGCUUCAUAGUAGUUCUUCCCAUUCACUUUCGGAGAUCUAUAGAUGCCCAUCACGAUAACAUCCUUACCGCCGAAUUUAGAUUGGAUUGGUAGAACCUCAAUUGUUUUGAACACCUUUGGUUGCUUUAGACGCUUUGAUGGAAUAAUACCACAUCAUUAUGUCGAUUUGCUACACUACUUUCAGAAAAAUCCGAGCUGAAACUCAAAUUAACAGGAAGAGUAGCUAGCAGACACAAGUCACAAAUCCACGAAUAGCCCAUAUUUGACUGCAUUUGUCGAUAGUUCUUCGUGUUCAAUCCAGAACAUUUGAGAUGGUAAGGAAAUUGACAUUCUUGACAUCGUACGGUUCGGUGAUUUCGGGCUAUAGUUCGCUCGCAUGUUUUACAUUUCGAUUUUGACGUUACGCUUGUGCCCGGUCCUGGGUUGGGAUUUAUAUCUCCACAAAGCGCCAGUCUUGUUAAAUUGAAGCUUGCAGUAGAAUUGGGAUGAUAGCUCAACCUUGAUGCGAGGUAAACCUUCCUUUUAGGGCCAUGCCUGAACAUUAGUUCCGGUCUGAAAUGGCGCCAACGAACGAUUGCGUCGUAAUGAAAUCCUGUCAAUGCAUCAGCUAUCCGAUACUCAGCUUCACCCAAGUUGCUCAGACAUUUUCCAGAUGUCCUUAUAUACGUGUAGAACAGGAUAUAAAGGGAUACUAACACUAUGAAAGACUGCAAUUUUCGACUUUUAGUAGGAGAUGCAAAACAUGCCGUCAUCACAUUCUUUAAUUACAAAGAUACGUACAGGCAACCCAGAAAACUGGGUUCUUUGGUGUAGAUAAUUUUAUUGACAAUGUUCUUUAAAAAGGAUAAAUAUAUAUAUUUUACAAUCUGCGGUAGUAUAAUCUUUUGCUUUUCUUGGUUUUAAUUUAAUGUACAUUAUACAAUAUUAUGUCAUAUUAUAUGCCAAGUUGGUCGGAAAGAGAAACAAUAUAUAGAGAACAAAUUCUUUGGUAGGUGAGAGUUGUAUACUGUGCAUUUAUUUUUUAUUUAUAAUUUUAUACAGCUGCACCAAGAAAAGGAAUGUCCAGCGUAUCCAGUAGUGUGUGAAAAAUGCAACAAAGAGGAAAUUCCACGAGCAAAGGUAAAGCCAUAGAAGACUGUGAUGUGACGUACUUUCUUUUCAGUCAAAUCCCAGUAACUAUGGGGCAGCGCUUUAUCCCCAAUAUCUCAGACAGACAAAGGAGAGACACCUAUAUUACUUGACUGUUGUGACACAUACUUAGACGUAUUCGCUCUUACCGUAUUUCCUCGAAUAAGCGUCCGGACACUUUUUAAAAUUUCGGUUAAAAGGAUGGGUGCUUAUUGGAAGGAGGGCACUUAAUCGACGGGGGAGGGGUGCUUUUUAAGUUCUCCUGUCGGUAAUCAAGGCUACCGUAGUCGCAUCAUAAAGUGUACACACAGAUGUAUCGGUAUAAAAUGUUGAAGUUGAAGCUGAAAAGUGUUAUCAAUAAAAUGAUAAAACAGGUUUUCCUGGUAUCCCUACUAUUAAGAAAGUGAUGAGUGGGGGGAGGGGGGAGGGACGCCUCCUUGAUAUUUUGGCCAAGGAGGGGAACCCUUGUUCGAGGAAGGGCACUUAUUAGAGCGUGGGUGCUUAUUCAAGGAAAUAAGGCACACGUAUUCUUCUUGUAAUGUAGUACCAUAUCCGGCAUUUUCCAGGAAUGUGGAAUACAAAGCAUAAGUUCCGGAUAUGUGCGCCCUUUUUCCUAGGUGACUUCACUGUUAACAAUGUGUCCUAGGAAAAUAACUUAUAGAUAUUGUUUUUGAGAAUUGAUAAAUGCAGUAGACGGCAUGGGGUAUAGACGUCAUGGUCGGGUCAAGUUUUUCCCUCUUCAUCAACUCCUCUCUAUUUAUGUUUCAGCUGUCGGAUCAUCAGGAUCCAAUUGUAGGAGACUGUGAUGCAGUGCAGGGACUAUGUCCAUUUGCACAGAUUGGCUGUUCAAAAACCGAGGUACACGACUUGGUCCCCAACUCUUACUUCUGCUUUUUUAGAUAAACAUUUCUCACAACACAAAAAUUACUUCCAGAGAAUUCUCUUCAGUCAAAGAAAGAUAAAGAACUGUGUUUUAGUGAAAUUACCAAAGGCAAUUAAAACACUGAUCAUUACUGAACGUUCAAAAUGGCUGGGAUUGCGAUUAAGCGUAAGCGUAAGCGUGUGGAGCCAUUGUUCCACUCGGACAUCAACUUACGUCCGAGCUUCCGACAAACAAGGCAGUCAUCUUCUUUUCUUAACUAUGAACAUCCCCGGGGGCACUCUCAUAUAAAAGUGACGGGGAUGCUCGUCGGAAAAUUGAAAUUAAACCCUAUGGGAAACCAAUGUGGGUGUGUCCCAAGCUUAAACUGACCCCUAGAGGAGACCAUACUACAACAGACACCACAUCAUUUUUUGUACAAUUCUUUCUGUACAGCUCUAAGCGAUACGUGGAUGGGCAAAUAUAGUGACUUUCCGUCCCAAAGAUCCUACGGGGGAAAAAAUCUGCAAUUUACACCCCAGAGCGAGACAACGAGCAUCCCCGUCACUUUUAUAUGGGAGUCCAUCCCCCGGGUGAAAAUCUUAUCAAAGUUGUUGAAACUGAAUGAUUUUGCAUAUAGUCUCAAUUUUCUUUGUAGGCUCUUAACUCAAGGCAAAAGAAAGAGCACCUGAAGAGGGAAAAUGUUUAUCACACAACAUUGCUUCUUCAUCAUGGCCUUAGGAUGGGUCGAGAGAUGGAAGCAAUUUUGACUCGUGAUCCAAGAAUCUUGUCGAGAAGCCCACAUAUCUUAACAAACUAUGACGGUAUCAUCUCUGACAUACUCACUCAAAUUCAAACCAGUACAACGGAAACCAGGGAUUUUAGGGAAAAGCUUAGAGAGCACAGCGAACGAAUCACCACCCUGGAAAGAAAAGUGGCCACAGGGAAUCUCACGGCAGCGGCCGCAUCUGCUCAAAUGUCUGGUGACUCACGUGCUUGUGUACCGAACAACGAGAUUGUGCGAAGGGUAAACAAUCUUGAGAAUAAAACCGCUGACCACGAGGUGCUGUUAGUUGAAAGUAAUCGUUCAAUCGAGAAGGCAAAUCGGUAUGUGGGUAAUGUAAGACGAUUAGUUGAAACCGUCCAGGAGACCGUCAGAAGGGUAGAAAGAAGGAUUGAGUCUAUUGAGCACACACUGGCUCUAAGAAACGUUACCUUGGCUGAUUUGGAGGAAUACGUAAGGCAACAGGAGUUUUCAAGCUACGAUGGCAAGUUGCUGUGGAAAAUAACUGAGUUUGCACGUAAAAGAAACGAAGCAGUCAGCGGGCAGCAAGUCUCUUUCUUCAGCCCUUGCUUCUACACUAGUCGCUAUGGAUACAAGAUGUGCGCCCGCAUAUAUUUAAACGGAGAUGGCAUGGGCCGAGGAACACAUAUCUCUGUGUUCUUCGUGGUCUUGCGGGGUCAGUAUGAUGCAAUUCUUCGCUGGCCAUUCAGACAGAAAGUCACGUUCAUGUUGAUGGAUCAAGAUAAUGUUCAACACGUGAUUAAAGCGUUCAGGCCUGAUCCUAACAGCCCCUCAUUUCAGAGACCGAGGAGAGAAACAAACAUUGCAAGUGGGUGUCCGAUGUUUUGCUCUCUAACUGAAUUAAAUAAUCACGCUUAUGUGCGAGAUGAUACCAUGUUUUUAAAAAUUAUAGUUGACAUAACUGACUUUUUAAACCAGGAUCCAUGGAUCCAUUCGGCUUUGUAGCUUAAAGUAAGUUGAAGUUAGCGCUCACUGUUUGUACGUUUCCUUACUGUGCUUGUAACUCAUGUUGCAAGUCAGAUCAUGCAUUGCGCGCGAAUUGUUUCACAUCUUAAAUAAUUCCAACGCCUUAUUCCUGUUCCGCUAUACUCUGUGGUACUUUUGUUCUAAAAGUGAUUCAGAUAAGCGUGAAAAAUUAAGGAAACGAGCAUUAAACAAACCAUAUUAACAAUGGCCAAGAAGACCACACUGGGUAACAGCAGAUUUCAAAAUAUUGCAUUACUAGUGUGUAAAUCAUUAAGCCAGUGGCUGUUUAUACGGGACCUGUACGCCGACUUGUAUUUGCUAUUCAUACGGGAUUAAGUCUCUUCCUGAAAUUUCUAUGAAAUUUCUAAGGCACCUCUUGAAAUUUCUGCUCCACAAAUGUUCAUGAAAGUGUACUUGUCUUCAAUUUUUUAGGGAAUAAAUUCAAUGGCAAUUUUUAAGGGAAAAAAAUUCAUUAUGGCAUGACCGAGAUUCGAACCGGGAACCCGUCUAGCGACUGCAGGCGAUCACCUAUCCUACUAUGCCACUGGACAUGCGAUGCUAGACACUGCUUUGAUUUCAAUGUAUGUAAAGCCCCGUGCUAACAGACGCAACAUUGUUGGCCAACAACUCCCAACAUUGUUGGAUGUUACAUGUUGCGUCCGUUUGCACACCCUGUUGCAUGUUGUUGGAUG